CGUAACAGAGCAUUCGCAUUUCUAAGUUAACAUAUCGGUGAACCGGCGGGGAACUUGGACGUCGGCUAAAAGGAACACUUCCACUUUGCCGUGAAAAGUGACAGUUGCCUUCGUCAUGGCUUUCUUGAUCUUCACGCUAGGACUGAUUUUUUCACCGAAAUUGGUCGCUGGUAAUUUCAGUUACGAUGGCAGUCAUGGCCCGUCGCACUGGGGCAACGACUACAAGACGUGUUUGGGGAAAUACCAGUCUCCCAUCGACAUAGAGGAGAGCAGCGUUAAAAUUUCCAGCUUUCCGCCGCUGAAAUUUUCUAGCAUUGAGAAUUCCCAUGCGGCUUAUAUGAUAAAUAAUGGCCACACAGUGAUGAUCCAGAGUUUCGAUCCUAACGUGCCCAUGAUAUCUGGAGGACCCAUCAAGGACCCAUACGUUUUUCAACAAUUGCAUUUUCAUUGGGGACAAAACGACGAAUUAGGAUCUGAAGAUCUUAUCAAUAAUCAUUCGUUUUCCAUGGAGGUGCACGCUGUUUUUUGGAAGAAGGAAUACGGUUCAUCGGAGGAGGCAAUGAAACAUCCUGAUGGCCUCACUGUACUUGGAUAUUUAUACCAGGUCACGGAUAAGCCGAAUCCAACUUUCGAAUCAAUCGUUUCGCAAAUGCAGGAAAUAGCCACUGUUGGCAGUAAUGUAACAAUAAACGAUACCGGUCUUCUCAGCAAAUUGGUCGCGCCCGAUCUUACAUCAGCGGAACAUUAUUUUACAUAUAAGGGAUCAUUGACCACACCUCCUUGCCUCGAGAUAGUUCAAUGGAUCGAUUUCAUACAGCCUCAACAUCUUUCCCAUGAACAGAUAGCUGCGUUCCGCAGUAUUCAAUCCAUCGAUGGAACAAAUUUAACGCAUAAUUUCCGGCCAGUGCAACCAUUAGACGGUAGAACAGUUUAUCGUAACAGCCCAGCCACGGAAACGACUUCCGCGACUUCCGGAGCUGUGAAUACGACAGUAACUUCUGAAACGACUGUGCCAUCAACUGCUGGAACGAUUAGUACAUCGACGGUUUCUAAACAAACGACCGCUGCAACACAUCCUCCCACGACAAAAGUGGCCAAGGAUCCAGAAGCGGCUAUUCCAUCAACUAAGAGUACGAGUACUGAAACGCCAACAGUAACCCCUUUGAACGGUCAAAAAAGCGAUCAACAUUCUGGACAACAAAGCAUGUGGACAGUAUCUCCAUUUGCAGUGAUACUUGGAAUCAUCUGUCUUUUAUCGUAUCAGUAA